UAGUUCACCAAUAGGAUUGAUCAAUCCCAUAAGACGUACAUACGCCAAUUCUUGAGCCAAGGUCAAGUGAUGCUUACGUCACCUGCAGACCUCGACGGCUUGUUUACCAUUUACGCUGUGCGGUAUUGCUUGUGUUUUUGUUAAUUCGAAAAGGUCGUACAAGUGAUUGAAGAGUUGGAAAUUCGUUUUUUACUUAGUUCUACGUUUUAAAAACUAUUAUUUGUGUGUAUUAUAUAUGUGGAGAAUAGUGAACAAAGACAAUAUUAUUGUUUAAGGCAAAAUAAUCUUGUGAGACUUUCAAGGUGCAUGUAGUAUAUGUCCAAAAAUCAAAAUGCCUGGUACACGUUGUGCUGUGUAUGGUUGUGGUAAUACCUAUAAAACAAGGCAGCAAGAACAUGAAUAUUUUAUAUUUCAUCGGUUUCCCAAAGCUAAAGAUCUUGUUUCCCAAACUAUGAGAAAAGAAUGGAUAUUACGAUGCAAACGGGAAGAUAAAUUUAACCCUGAUACUAGCUACAUCUGCUCAGUUCAUUUCACAGAAAAGGAUUAUGAAAGAGACUUACAGAAUGAAUUAUUAGGUUUACCACUACGAAAAAUAUUGAAAAAAACCGCUGUUCCUACUUUGGGAUUGUAUUCAAAAAAAUCAACAAGUGAAGCUAGUAGUUCAAGCAUCAGUUCCAGAGAAGAAAGACUGGCCAAACGAAAUGCAAAGGAGGAAGUGAACAAACUUUUAAAAGUAGCCACGUUAACAGCUCCUAUUAAUACUUUUUCUGAUGAUACCGAAGACCAUAAUCCUAAAUCUUUUGGAAGUAUUCAGUUUGAAGAGCAUGUACCAGAGCCUUCCACUUCAUCAACCCCCAACUUUGUCCCAGAAAACUAUGAUUAUAAGGCUUUGUACAAUGAGUCUGUAGAGAAAUAUGAAAAGUUAGAAAGACAGUAUGCUCUUUUAAAAUCCAGAAGUAAUAUAAAAAGCACAAAUAUCAAAAAACUUAAUGGGGGGAUGAAGAUGACGGCAGAAAAACUGGAAAAAAAAUGUUCAAAAUUACUCAUUGACAGAUUUCUACCUAUCUCUUUAUUUUAUAUAUAUCUGAUAUUUUAUUAUUUUUCUUAAAUUUAAUAAUUUAGAUUAUUAUUAGAAAUAUUUUUCAUAAAUCAGUUUAAAUCAUUUCAUUUGUUUUUACUUUUUAAUUUUUAGUUUAAAGUUUGUUAAUGGCUUCUGUUUUACUAAUUAUAAAAUACAGAUCAUUUUAAAAAAUAA